AUGUCGAACUCUCCUCCAAAGGAUCCUGAACUUGAUCCCGAAGCGCAAUCGGGAGAAGAAGAGCAUAUGGACAAGGACCGUCACGACGUGCAGGGACAUCAGGGCGAGUUUGAGGUGAAGGAGCAGGAUAGGUGGCUUCCGAUUGCAAAUGUGGCUCGUAUUAUGAAGUUGGCCCUGCCUGAAAAUGCAAAGAUCGCGAAAGAAGCCAAGGAAUGCAUGCAGGAAUGUGUGAGCGAGUUCAUCUCAUUCAUCACAAGUGAAGCCUCGGAGAAAUGCCAGCAGGAGAAGCGCAAGACAGUCAACGGUGAAGAUAUCCUAUUCGCUAUGACAUCGCUUGGGUUUGAGAACUACGCCGAAGCCCUUAAGAUCUACCUAUCCAAGUACCGCGAGACCCAAUCGGCCCGUGGUGAUAAUCAGAGGCCCCCAAGCGCUGGUUAUGGAGCCGGGGGACCCGUCGGUGCCCCCGGUGGACCUGGUCCAGCUCGUCCCACAGGAUUCCCCGAUGCCGAAGGCGCAAACCCCAUGAUGAAUCCCAACCUUGACACAUCCGAACAAGACGCCUCCACCUACGGCUAUCCCUCCAUGGUCGGUCAGCCUCACAACGGUGCGGGCGGCGAGUCAUACUAA